CCCAUGUUUCCCUCUCUUUAGAUCUGUCAGCUGGGCUUUCCCUUCUGUCUAUCCGUGCCAAUCACGAUGAAGCCGCCGGCGGUUCCCAACUACGGCACCACGACCGCCGCCGCUGCCCCCGCCGUCGCAAGACCGGCCGCCGCGCUCUUCUACACGUCGCGGCCCACCACCCCCUUCCCGGCCCGCCGCCCCUGGCGGGAAUUCCUCGACGUCUCCUCCUUCUCCCUCCCCUACAGCCUCACCGACGCCGCCUCCCGGGUCGCCAAGAACCUCGGCCACUUCCGCCUGAACUACGCGAUCGUGGCGCUCUUCGCCCUCUUCCUUGGCCUCCUGUGGCACCCGAUUUCACUGAUCGUCUUCACCGUCGCCCUCUUCGCUUGGUACGGCCUCUACUUCUCCGUCGACCGACCCCUGGUGGUCUUCGGCCGCAGCUUGGACGACAGGGUCGUGCUCGCGGGGCUGAGCUUGGUGACCGCAAUUGCGUUGGUUGUGACUGGUGUGGGGUUGAAUGUGUUGAUCUCGUUGGCGAUUGGCGUGUUUGUGAUUGGAUUGCAUGCUGGGUUCAGGAAUUCGGAGGAUUUGUAUGUGGAUGAAGAAGAGGGCGGGCUCUUCUCAGUUGUUGGCAACCAACCCUUGAGACCCACUUCUUAUAAUCGGAUGUGAAAGUUUCCAUGCAAUUCAGAUGGUGAAAUUUCGGAAUUUGAAGGCUAAUUAAAGUAGUCUUAUUUUGGUGUUGGAACUUGGAGGUGUUCUUGUUUUUGUUGGUGUGUUCUUGCUCCUUUUUUCUGAUAGGUUACGAGGUUUCUUGACCAUUUUUUUAUUUGAGGGGCUUGAAUUUUGAAGUGGGCAUAGGUGAUCUUUGGAUCUGAUGCUGUUUCGUAGAUGGAGCUUUAUGGGAUGCUCAUUCUUUGAGAAGAGAAGAUAGAGGGCAGACUUAAUUGCUGGAAGAAUGUAAUUGGGAAACUCUUGUUUAGAUUCGUUGGAUUGCUUCAGACGGGUACGGUUCAUCCUGGGAAACGACUCUUUGUUUUGGUAUUGACAACAAUUUUGGGAUAAUUUGCCCCGCGCAACACCGGCCGGUGAGAGUAGAUGACCUUGGUCGGAUCAUUCAGUUUAACCAUGGCUGCUAAUCGUUUUGAUUAUGCUGAGAUAGUAGUGCAUCUUUCUCUGUCUCUCUCUCUGUUGGACAUUCUUCUUGCCUGCCGCUGAAGAUCUUGCAAACUGGGAGCAAUACCUACGUUGGCGACCAUACUUGGCAGUUCAUGGCAUCAGCUAAUGCCCAUAUAUAACAGCUCUUGGCCACCGUUUCAGAACCAGCCUCCAUUGCGGAACUUCAGCUCAAUAUGAUGGACAGAUUGCACAUCUGGAGAGGGUUAGGCUAUGAAUUCAGUUACGUCCUUAAAUCCUUUUCUUUGGUCAAUCGUUCUUUUGCUUUUCACCUAAUGUACUGUAGAUACUAAUUCCCAUUCCUCUCAUUACCUGAACAUAUGGAAAUUUACGCCUUCGAAUAGAUGUUUCUAUACUCUGUCAUGGUUUAA